AAGCACUUUAUACUCCACCUACGUUUAGCUUUUUUUUGUCGUCUAGCACUUCGUUUAUAAUUAUGCUAACUAAUAAGCACUUUUCACUUUAUUAUCUCCCUAUAUAAAAGCACGACGUCUAUAAUAUUUCCUCCUCAACCCCAACCAAAAACUUCUUCAUUAAGAAAAAACCCAUCAUGGCUGAAGUGAGAAAAGAUGAAGAGAAUCCAGCGAUUAAGCUAUUUGGCGCAACGAUAAAAUUACAUGAAGUGGAAAUGAAAGAAAGCGAAGAAGAUCCGACGGUGGAGAAGAGAUCAGACAAGAUCAUACCGUGUCCAAGAUGCAAGAGCAUGGAAACCAAAUUCUGUUAUUUCAACAACUACAACGUUAAUCAACCGAGACAUUUUUGUAAGAGCUGUCAGAGGUAUUGGACGGCCGGUGGAGCCCUCCGUAACGUACCGGUUGGUGCCGGUCGUCGGAAGGCUAAGCCUCCGGGUCAUGAAGAUGGAGGUUCGCCGGAAAGUUGUGUUUAUGAAGGUGAUUCUGAUGAUCAUGGACGUAAGUUUGGAUUUGAUUUGGAUAAGUGGCAGGUUGAAACGAUUCCUCAGAGUGGUUUCCGGGAGGUUUUUUCUGGUAAGCGGCAGAGAAAGAAUUCAGGUUGUUAUUCGUUAGCUAUGAUGUAAUUCUCUCGUUCUUUUCACUAUGGAUAGAGAAUAAACCAUUCUCUCAUAUGAAUUUUACGUUUUUAAGAUUUAGACGAGGUAUUUAGAGAAUAUAGUCUCAAAUUAAAACGAUUCAAAAUUAUAAAAUUAAACUGUAUAUUUGUAUCUAAUGAUAAUUUCUUAUUCUCAAUUUA